GGGCACACAGAGCUCCUCCCCACGUGUCUCUCUGUGUGGAGCUCUCAGUCAACAUGAUGGUACCAGACUUCAGCUGUUAGACACUACUCCUCCUAAACCUCCACACAACCACCUCUCUGGACUGCUCACACACGGAUGAGAUAGCUAGAACUGUGCCUGGAAGUGUGCAGGUUGGAUCUUUGAGAUCUGCUGCUCCUGUUUCAUCUCCUCUCCCCUCCUCGCUCUGUUCACAUCAACAUGGCCAGCGGGGAUGACGAUGACCCCAUUAUAGAGGAGAUCGAUGUGUAUCUUGCCAAAAGCCUUGCAGAUAAGCUGUAUCUUCUCCAGUACCCUGUCCGACCAUCCACUAUGACCUAUGAUGACGUCAACCACUUAUCAGCGAAGAUCAAACCCAAGCAGCAAAGGGUGGAGUUAGAAAUGGCCGUCGACACACAGAGUCCAAACUAUUGUCGCAGCAAAGGAGAGCAGAUAGCUCUGAAUGUGGACGGCACGACGUAUGACGAAACCAACACCUUUUCAGCGAAAUUGAUGGAUAAACAGUCCUUCUCCUCCAUCCAGGCCACCACCAACACCUCCAGAUAUGCUGCUGCUGUGUUUCGCAAAGGUGAGCUUCACGUCACACCUCUGACGGGAAUCCUCCAGAUGAGGCCGAGCUUCUCUUACCUGGAUAAGGCUGACACCAAAACCAGAGAGAGGGAGGCGGCCAAUGAAGGUGGAGAUUCCUCCCAGGACGAAGCUGAGGAGGACGCCAAGGCCAUUACGGUGAGGUUUGCUCGUCCCGAGUCGGAGCAGGCUCGGCAAAGGAGGAUCCAGUCGUACGAGUUCCUCCAGAAGAAGCAGGCGGAGGAGCCCUGGGUCCACCUGCACUACCACGGUGCCAAGGAUGGGCGCUCAGAGCAUGAAAGGCAGUACCUGUUCUGCCAGUCAGUCGAUGCCUCAGAGAACUCUGAACUAGUCAAGACUCCUAAGGAGUACCUGGCAAUGCUGAUGCCCCCAGUUGCAGAGGAAAAAGUUGUGAAGCCAGUUGGUCCCAGUAAUGUGCUCUCCAUGGCUCAACUCCGCACUCUGCCACUGGGAGAGCAAGUCAAGACGCUGAUGAAGAAUGUCAAGGUGAUGCCGUUUGCUAACCUGAUGGGCCUGCUCGCCUCUGGCACCGACUCAACCGCAGCGCUGCGCUGCAUCCAACAGGUGGCGCUGCUGGUUCAGGGCAACUGGGUUGUCAAGAGUGAUGUUCUGUAUCCUAAAAACACCUGCAGUCCUCACAGUGGUGUCCCUGCUGAAGUGCUCUGUCGUGGCCGGGACUUUGUGAUGUGGAGGUUCACUAUGGAGCGCUCUGUGAUGAGAAAGGAGAUCACAUCCAUCAUCAAACUUCCUCCAGAGGAUGUGAAGGAGUUCCUGGAGCAUGUGGCCGCUCCUCGAGUCAACCGGGGCUGGGAGUUCCUGCUGCCUACUGAUGUAGAGUUCAUUAAGAAACAGCCAGACGUUGCCCACAGGCAACACAUGCUGUGGCUUGGCAUCCAGAGCAAGUUGGAAAAGGUCUUUAACUUCUCUAAAGAAGACUUCAUGCCAAAGAAUUCCCCUCAGCCUGAGCCUGUCCAUGUCAGCGGGGAGCAGCGUCUAAAGAUGGCACACGAGCGCGCUCAAGGAAAACAGCCGUCCCUACAGAAGGACCUGGACGCCAGACGGGCAGGAAGCAGCGUCCACGUCAAACAGGAACCCGUCAGCGACCGGGAAGACGAACCCAUGGACACCUCCUCCUCCAUCCCCAACGGUUCUAUCAAUGGUUACCCCAGUGCCACCUCCCCGGCCUUCGAUCACACUAACGGUAACGGAGGGAGUCCCGCCAACACGCCGUCCCUGGAGCUGCAGGACUUUGUGGUCAAGACUUUCAAGAAGCAUUUUGUACUGACGCUGAAUGAGUUUAAGAGGCUGUUCGGCCUCCACCUGGCCUCCAUGCCGGUGGGACGGAGCGUCUUCACCUCCAUCUCGGACCACAUGCUGCAGGACGCCAUACUGCUCUGCCAGUGCAAACAGAUAAUGGUGCCUUUUCCUGCUCAGACCAAAGCAGCCCCCGAUGAACAGAAGGUGUUUGGUUUGUGGGAGACUGGAGAGGAAUUCGACAAGCAACGUCGGCUGCUGUAUGACGUCUUCAACAAGAACUACCGCGUCAGGAGGAACACGAUACAAGUCAAACUGGCACAGGAGUUUGGAGACGUCCCGAAGGCGGACGUCGACCGGCUGCUCAAUGAGUGCUGCAUCAGCCACGCGGGGAUGUGGUACCUAAAGGGAACGAUUCAUUCCUGACGCUGAGAGCCCGCCCCCCCACCCCCAACCUUGCGGUCACCGUCAGCCAAUCAAAUCCUCUCCCGGGUGUCCAGUGGGAGGGCAGCCAGAGAGGUGAGAGCCAAUCACAAUCACAGCUCGCCCGGCUCUGAGGGCGGGCGAUUGGAGGACAAAAGCUGUCCGCUCUGCUCAGAACAUGACGUUUUUCUCGUUUCAACUGAAGCAUUUCUGACAUUAACACGAGCACUCGGACGCAGCGCGGAGGAUAGAAACUCCUCACAUACUCACACUAAGAGUGUCUGACGGGGAAAAUAUGAAUAUACAAAAAUGAAGAAAUAGCAAGAUAUAUAUAUCUAUAUAUAUAAAACGGUUUAUCAGUAGGUUUUUGGAUUUUUUUUGGACCUCGUGUUUGAUUAUUUUAGAGUUCAACUUUUACCAGAUCAGGAUGGCGUUUACUAUUGAAAGCAACGUGGCUGAAAGUGCUUUCACUUUACUCCUGAUUUGUAAAUUUUGCCAGAGAAAACACAUUUUACUUUAUCGUAUCAUCAAAUAAACCCUUGUGGGUAGAAACCCUGAUUUUGUUUUUCAUCCAUUAACUGAAGAAGUUAUUUUUGAUCUGACUUGUUUAAACAAUAUAAACUAACUGAGUAUUUAUUCCACCUUCAGUUCACAAAUGAGCUUUAAAGUCAGAUUACAAUAGAGAGCCUGAGUCAUGCUGAGUUCACUUCCAGUGGACCAACAUGGGACCUUAUUUCGGAAAAAAUAUGUAUGUUAGUCAACGGAGAGACAAAUUAUUUUUUGAUCCUGUUUGAAUUGCGACAUGAAUCACACAUAUGUUUGUCAAUUUAAAAGAAAACUUUGCA